GUCGCUCAGCGCUGAAUUUCAAAUUCAGCACACAAUAGUCAUAACAUAGAUAAUUUUCCAGAGAAAAAUUGUGUUUGAGUUUAAAAUCGAAGUGAAAUGCUUUUGGUUAGAUCCUUAAGAGUAUUUCCUUGUUCGGGGUGUAAGAAUCUUCCGGUGUUGUGGCAAAUUUCCGGAGGAAUUCCCAAUGAAAGGAGACAUAACCUCACUUCAGUGAGAUACUCCAGCAUCAAUGCGGAAGAAGGGGCUGAAAAAGUGUACUCGGGGCCCUUGACUCGCAAAAUGAAAGCUGUAAAAGUGUUUUCUCUCACCACAAGCAUCACUGGCAUUGCAGCACAGCCGAUUGUGAUAGAACAAGCCAGCAAUCUUGGUGGGACUCCGUUGGUUGUUUUGAUGUCCGGCUUUGUGGGCUUCUUCACCUUUGUCACACCGGUAUUGUUGCACUGGAUCACCAAGAAGUAUGUCACAGCUAUGACUUUCAAUCCCAAAAAUGAAGAAUACAUUGCAACAACGAUAUCUUUCUUCCUGACUCCUACUUAUAUAAAGUUCCGGAUAGCUGAUGUUAAGGUGCCGGAUGUACCUGGACUCUUUACAACCUUCCUGGUGGGCAAGAAGGCACUCUUUGUGGAUCCCAAGGAAUUUACUGAUACAAAUCACUACGUGAAGAUUAUGGGAUACGAUAAACCUGUUGAUUUCAAACUGGAGCUCAUUGAGGAUCCCAAGAGUGAUGCAAUUAACAAGAAAGAUGUGAAAACUCCCUGAGAUUUCUCUGGAAUAAAUUAGUCAUAGAAAAA